CCGCCCAGGGCCCGCGCGGACGCCGGCCUCAUUUGUUAUUCCCCCCCGCCCGGAGCUGCGGCUGCCCGGCGUUGAAGGUCCCCCGGACCGGGGGCGAGGGCCACCCCUCCCAGCCGUGACACCCCUUUCCCCCAGCGGGGCCGGACGCUGUGCAGAAGCUGUCCUGCAGACCAUGAACUGAGCCCUGGUCCCAGGCUGUUCAUGAGCACAGUGUGAGGUGCGCCGAGACCCGCCACCCAGCGAUCCCCUCCCCUCCCUAGCACUGAGGAUCCCCGGAGAAGAUGGGGAGGAAAAAGAUUCAGAUCCAGCGAAUCACUGACGAGCGGAACCGACAGGUGACAUUCACCAAGCGUAAGUUCGGGCUGAUGAAGAAGGCGUACGAGCUGAGCGUGCUGUGUGACUGCGAGAUCGCGCUCAUCAUCUUCAACCACUCCAACAAGCUGUUCCAGUACGCCAGCACCGACAUGGACAAGGUCCUGCUCAAGUACACCGAGUACAACGAGCCGCACGAGAGCCGCACCAACGCCGACAUCAUCGAGACCCUGAGGAAGAAGGGCUUCAACGGCUGUGACAGCCCCGAGCCCGACGGGGAGGACUCGCUGGAGCAGAGCCCCCUGCUGGAGGACAAGUACCGGCGCGCCAGCGAGGAGCUGGACGGGCUCUUCCGGCGCUACGGGUCCGCUGUGCCGGCCCCCAACUUCGCCAUGCCUGUCACAGUGCCUGUGUCCAGUCAGAGCUCCCUGCAGUUCAGCAAUCCCAGCAGCUCUCUGGUCACCCCUUCCCUGGUGACGUCAUCCCUCACGGACCCACGGCUCCUGUCCCCCCAGCAGCCAGCGCUGCAGAGGAACAGCGUGUCCCCGGGCCUGCCCCAGCGGCCAGCCAGCGCAGGGGCCAUGCUGGGGGGCGACCUCAACAGUGCUAACGGAGCCUGCCCCAGCCCUGUCGGGAAUGGCUAUGUCAGUGCCCGGGCUUCCCCCGGGCUCCUCCCCGUGGCCAAUGGCAGCACUCUGAACAAGGGCAUCCCUGCCAAGUCUCCACCUCCGCCCACCCACGGCGCCCAGCUUGGAGCCCCCAGUCGCAAGCCUGACCUGAGGGUCAUCACCUCCCAGGGAGGAAAGGGGUUGAUGCAUCAUCUGACUGAGGACCACUUAGAUCUGAACAAUGCCCAGCGCCUCGGGGCCUCCCAGUCCACCCACUCGCUCACCACGCCAGUGGUUUCCGUGGCAACGCCCAGUUUACUCAGCCAGGGCCUCCCCUUCUCCUCCAUGCCCACUGCCUACAACACAGAUUACCAGCUGAGCAGCGCCGAGCUCUCCUCCCUCCCGACCUUCAGCUCGCCCGGGGGGCUGUCACUAGGCAGCGUCACCGCCUGGCCGCAGCCCACGCAGCCUGCGCAGCCGCCCCAGCCGCAGCCGCCCCAGCAGCAGCCGCCGCAGCCGCCGCCCCAGCCGCCACAGCCGCCCCAGCAGCCCCAGCCACAGCCCCAUCUGGUCCCCGUGUCUCUCAGCAGCCUGAUCCCGGGCAGCCCACUGCCCCACGUGGGGGCCGCCCUCACAGUCACCACCCACCCCCACAUCAGCAUCAAGUCGGAGCCGGUGUCCCCCAGCCGGGAGCGCAGCCCCGCACCGCCCCCUCCAGCCGUGUUCCCGGCCACCCGCCCCGAGCCUGGCGACGGCCUCAGCAGCCCCGCCAGCGGCUCCUACGAGACCGGGGACCGGGACGACGGACGGGGGGACUUCGGGCCCACCCUGGGCCUGCUGCGCCCGGCCCAGGAGCCCGAGGCGGAGGGCCCCGCUGUGAAGAGGAUGCGGCUGGACACCUGGACAUUAAAGUGACGAUUCCCUCUCCCCUCCUCUCAGCCUCCCUGACGAAGAGCUGACAAUCUCACCGCCCACCCCUCCCCGCCCUGGGCUCCUCCCGCUCGACCCCCACUUCCUUUUGUGCUCCGUGUCCUGUUGACGGUUACGUUUGUGUAUAAUUAUUAUAUUAUUAUUAUUAUUAUUAUAUUUUUUUUAAUUUGGAUUCUCGCUUUGGAGAGGAGGACGGUCCCGUCCCCUCCUUCUGCACCCCCCGCCAUUUCACUGGUUGGGGGGGGCUGAUUUUUUGCGGGAAGGGGGGGGACACUUUGCACGUUGUACACAUAUGCUGCAGGAGGGGUGGGGAGCCCGAUAGGCCUUUGGGACAGGACAGGUGCUGAGCCCUGCACGCGGAGCCCUCCCACCCCGUCCCCCCAGACAGAGGGAAAUAACCAAAAAACCUGCCAAACAACAAAACCCCUUACAACAGACUGAAACUCCAAAGUCAGCUUGUUGGUGGGUUUGUGUUUCAGGGGGAGGCGAGGCAUAGGUUCUGGAAAGGGUCUCUGUGCCUGGGCUCUUCCCGUGGCCACAGGCACCUGGGGCAGAGCACCCCAGCCUGGCCCCCAGCACCCCUGCCCACAUACAGCAUGCACCCCCAAAGUGUGGGGGUGCUGGCCGAGCUUCUGGGCUGGGAAGGGUGCCUGGGAUUCUGAGGCUGGGGGCAGGGUUUGAGGUGGGGACCCCUUGGAAGCACAUUUGGAGAGAAAGAUGGAGAGCCAUGAGGAGGGGCCGAGAGCUGGGGUGAGGGGUGAAACGGGCCCCCUACCCUCCCUCACGGUUUCUCUGCGAUAGUAGUGCAAUAGCUCUCUGUCCCUCGCCGACAGCAGCCCCAGAAAACAGGCCAGAAAGUGCAGGGGGGAUGGGGAGGGGGAUGCUCCGGUGAGGGGCUUAGCGUGCUGGGGCAGGGGUUUGGGGGCUCGCUCUUCCUUGCACGGACCCAUCCCCAUCCGCAGGAGGGACACUGGGCUGGCGUGAGGGUGGGAGGCCGCCUCCCUCCUUUGGUCCUGGGCCCUUCCCAGUCCCCUCCCAAAUCCUCCCGACCCCGACCCCACCUCCCUGCUCUGGGCGUCCUCCUGGUCGGCUACCUCCUGUCCCACCGCCCCCGGCCGCAGCCCACCUUCCCUCUUGGCUACUGUAAUUGUAAAUAGCAACCUUUGGAAAACGUUAGCCGUGUAACAGUCCAGGAAACUGGUUUUUUUGUUGUUGUUGUAUUGAUAUGAAAUGAGAUUCUAUUUUUGUCAAAGUAUAUUGUAAUAAUAAUGACUCAAGCGGCCCGUACUGUACA